GUUGCUAAGACUGUGGGUCGCCGCAGGUGGUGGGAGUUAGUUUUGGCAGCCCGGGCCUGAAAGAGGUCAAAGGUCAUUGCAGAGCCAGGGAGGAGAUGGUGAAGCAGACUAUCCAGAUAUUCGCGAGGGUGAAGCCCCCUGUCCGGAAGCACCAACAAGGGAUUUAUUCCAUAGAUGAAGAUGAAAAAUUAAUACCCAGCUUGGAAAUUAUCUUACCACGUGAUUUGGCAGAUGGAUUUGUGAAUAAUAAGCGAGAAAGCUACAAAUUUAAAUUUCAAAGAAUUUUUGAUCAGGAUGCAAACCAAGAGACCAUUUUUGAAAACAUUGCCAAACCAGUUGCCGGGAGUGUCCUGGCAGGUUACAAUGGUACCAUCUUUGCAUAUGGGCAAACAGGCAGCGGGAAGACAUUCACUAUCACAGGGGGUGCAGAGCGUUACAGUGACAGAGGCAUUAUCCCAAGGACACUGUCAUACAUUUUUGAACAGUUACAAAAGGACAGCAGCAGAAUGUAUACAACGCACAUUUCCUAUUUGGAAAUCUACAAUGAAUGUGGUUAUGAUCUUUUGGAUCCAAGACAUGAAGCCUCCAGUUUGGAUGAUUUGCCGAAAGUGACAAUACUGGAGGAUCCUGAUCAGAACAUUCACCUGAAAAACUUGACUCUCCAUCAGGCAACCACAGAGGAAGAAGCUCUGAAUUUGCUUUUUUUAGGAGACACCAACCGAAUGAUUGCAGAGACUCCUAUGAACCAAGCUUCAACCCGUUCCCACUGCAUUUUCACCAUUCAUUUGUCAAGCAAGGAACCAGGAUCUGCAACCGUACGACAUGCCAAACUUCAUCUGGUUGACCUGGCUGGUUCAGAGCGAGUCGCAAAGACCGGAGUAGGGGGCCAUCUUCUAACAGAGGCCAAAUAUAUCAACUUGUCACUACAUUACUUAGAACAGGUUAUCAUUGCCCUUUCAGAAAAGCACCGUUCGCACAUUCCUUAUAGAAACUCCAUGAUGACCAGUGUCCUAAGAGACAGUUUGGGAGGGAACUGCAUGACAACUAUGAUUGCAACACUCUCCUUGGAGAAAAGGAAUCUUGAUGAGUCUAUAUCUACCUGCAGAUUUGCACAGCGAGUGGCACUCAUAAAGAAUGAAGCCAUUCUUAAUGAAGAAAUUGAUCCCAGAUUGGUGAUUAAACGCCUACAAAAGGAAAUCCAGGAACUGAAGGAUGAACUGGCCAUGGUCACUGGGGAGCAGAGGACAGAGGCACUCACAGAAGCAGAGCUCUUUCAGCUGGAAAAACUAAUAACAUCCUUUUUGGAAGACCAGGAUCCAGAGAGUAGAUUAGAGGUUGGCGCGGAUAUGCGUAAAGUUCAACACUGUUUUCACCAUUUAAAGAAACUAUUGAAUGACAAGAAGAUCCUUGGAAACAAUACAGUCUCCUCUGAAAGCAAAGACCAAGAUUGUCAAGAACCAUUGAAAGAAGAAGAAUAUAGAAAGCUACGAGAUAUUCUAAAACAGAGAGAUAACGAAAUCAAUAUCCUGGUCAACAUGUUAAAAAAAGAAAAGAAGAAAGCUCAGGAGGCUCUCCACUUGGCUGGCAUGGAUAGACAUGAAUUCAGACACUCCCAGAGCCCACCCUUCCCCCCGGGAAACCCAGAAGAAGGUCAAAGAAUGCAACUAUCCUCAGCUCCCUCACAGGCCCAGGACGUCAGCAUUUUGGGGAAAAGAUCCAGUUUGCUCCACAAGAAAACAGGAAUGAGAGAGGAAAUGUCAUUAGGAUGCCAGGAGGCUUUUGAAAUCUUCAAGAGGGACCACGCUGACAGCGUUACCAUCGAUGACAACAAACAGAUUCUGAAACAGAGAUUUUCUGAAGCCAAGGCCCUGGGAGAAAGUAUAAAUGAAGCAAGAAGUAAAAUUGGUCACCUGAAGGAAGAAAUCACCCAGCGGCAUAUACAGCAAGUAGCCCUAGGAAUCUCGGAAAACAUGGCCGUGCCUCUGAUGCCAGACCAGCAGGAGGAGAAGCUGCGAUCACAACUGGAGGAAGAAAAGAGAAGGUAUAAAACAAUGUUCACUCGCCUGAAAGCCCUGAAGGUGGAGAUCGAGCACUUGCAGCUGCUCAUGGACAAAGCCAAGGUGAAGCUACAGAAAGAAUUUGAAGUCUGGUGGGCAGAGGAGGCCACCAACCUGCAGGUAAAUUCUCCAGCAGUGAAUUCACUCGAUCACACGAAGCCGUUUCUCCAGACAUCUGACUCCCAGCAUGAACGAUCCCAACUCCUCUCUAACAAAAGUUCUGGAGGCUGGGAAGUCCAAGGUCAAGGCACUGGCAGAUUCGAUGUCUGUGAUGUGAAUGCCAGGAAAAUCCUGCCUUCGCCUUGCCCCAGUCCACAGAGCCAGAAACAGAGCAGCACCAGCACCCCACUAGAAGACAGCAUCCCCGAGAGGCCAGUGUUGUCCAUCCCUCUCACCGGAGACAGCCAGACGGACUCCGACAUCAUGGCCUUCAUCAAGGCCAGACAGAGCAUUCUGCAGAAGCAAUGUUUGGGAAGCAAUUGAAUUUCCAGGACAUAUCCAGCCAUGCAUUAUGCCAGCAAGAAUGAAGUACAGAUGAAGGCAGCACCCCUCACUUGCUCUGGCUUCAGAAGUGAACUAUGGGCUGCUGGGAGCAACUAGUGACUUUGAUUCCCAUGGAGGGGGCUGUGUUUCUUUAAGGAUGCUGACCUGGAGGCCACUGAGAGGCUGGGGCCGGGGCUGACCAUGACAUCCUUCCUGUAGUUGCUGGAGCUGCUGGCAGGGCCAGGCAAUGCCAGAGUGCUAGGGGCAGGGUGAAGGCUUCAGCUCCUGUUGUAGUGAUGUUUUGUGUAGAUCAUUAUAAACUUUUGAGAAUGUGAAAUAGCACCAUCAUGAUAUAAUGUCAGGGGACGCUCACACC